AUGUCUACUGUACUGAUAGUUGGAGCCACUCGAGGUCUGGGAUCAGCUCUAACCUCCUAUUAUGCAACCAAGUUGUCGUACACUGUCUAUGCCACAUCCCGAUCAUCCACUGCACCAUCAGAUCCAAAGGCAGAUAACAUCACAUGGAUACCAAAAAUAGACCUUUCCAAGCCUACUGUCGGAAAUGAUCUUGCUGCAGCAUUGAAAGGCAAAUCCAUCAACACAGUCAUUAUUACUGCUGGCUAUUUUGCAACAGAGGACUUCGGGGAGGCCAAAUGGGAGGAGGAGGUCAAGAUGUACACAUUAUCAUCUGUUGCACCAAUCUUCGUGGUACAAGAAUUGGUCAAGUCAUCCAUCUUAUCCAAGGGUGCCAAAGUCGUACUGGUGUCGUCCGAGUCGGGUUCAAUCACCUUGAGACAUGAGCAGGAAGGUGGAGGCAACUUCGGUCAUCAUGGCUCGAAAGCAGCUUUGAAUAUGGUCGCCAAGCAGCUGUCGUUUGAUCUGAAAGAUAAAGGCAUUGCUGUGGUUUCCAUUCAUCCAAGCUUUAUGAGGACUGAAAUGACUGCAGGAGUGGGUUUCGACAAGUUCUGGGAUGCCGGUGGCGCCCUGAAACCAGAAGAUGCCGCCAAAAUAACGGCAGACUGGGUAGAGAAGGAGUUCUCAAUCGACAAAACUGGAACGUACUGGGCCCCCAGGGGAACUCGAGAUAUUGGUAAUUGGGACGUGGUUGUGGGCAAAGACAAGGCGAAGGAAGGGCCUGUCGAAUUGCCAUGGUAG